GCGCUUCGGGCGACAUUUCUCCACAAAGGACUCGAAAAAGAGCUCUAUCAACCAUGGCGUUCCGUCGCGAAGUGCCGCCGCUGGACAAGAUGGUGUUGAAGUUCAUCUCCAAGGCGCCGCGGCAACUGGACGUGAUCAUCAACGAGAAGACGCUGGAGCGCGCGCAUCGUAUCGGGAAACCGUCCAAGUCGCGCACGCACAAGGCCAAGCAGGAGGUCAUUCGGGCGCUUUUGCGUGGCGGGAAGCUGGGCGACGACACACUGCCCCAAAGCUUCUUCCAUCCGACCAUGACGCGCGUUGAAAUCAUCGGUGCUAAGAUAUCUACGGUCUUUGUGGAGAUGUUGUCCAAGACAUGCCCCAAACUGCACUCGGUCAAUUUCUCGGGAUGUUUCCGACUCACGGACGACGCAAUUGAAUUAUUGCUGAAGAGUUGUCCAGAGAUCAAGGAGCUGAACAUUGAGAACUGCCGCAAACUGACGGAUUUGUCGCUGGAUCAUCUGCGUAAACUCGCCCCGAAGCUUCAGAGCAUUGAUGUCGGCGGCAACUUUAACAUGACGAUUUCCGGUAUUACGAAGCUGAUCGAAAAGCACCCGAAUCACUCCAAGUUUACGAAAGUCCACAUUUCUGGCCAUCCUGCGACGGACCAAACGAUUAAGACCAUCAUGGCCAAGUGUCGGAAGCUGCACAGUUUAAGUGUUGGCUAUUGCGCCAUCACUGAUGAAGCGUUGAUUGCGCUGCUCAAGAAACGCGAAUCCGUAUCGCGUCUGUGUUUGCAUUGGAAUGUUGCAAUCACCGAUCAAUUGCUUCGCUUUCUCGGAUCUGAGGCUCGGAACUUGCAGGAGCUAAACCUAUGUGGUGUUAAGAGCGUUUCCGCAGAUGCGAUUGUUGCUGCCAUCCACGCGAAAAUGGGCAUGAGAAACGAGUUGCUAGACCCUACUUUACCUCAGCCUUCUCCUGAUGAGAAUCCCGAGCCAGAGCGAAAGCGCCUCAAGAAGAUUGAUUUCCGCUACACAACCGUCACAAAGGAAGCGGCUGCAUCUGUCAAGGAGCGAUAUCCAGAGCUACAAGUCACGUUCUAAACCAAAGACAACGUCGUUGCACAACAAAUAAAACCUUCGUGCCAAUCCUUGUCAGUAUUUUACUUCGAAAAAAUGCAACAUGCAACAUGUAUCACACAACCGCUACUCCAUGACAUCAUCAUCGAUCUCGUCGCCAGCGUAAUAAAUAUCGUGGCCGGCAGUCUGCUCGUCGCCGUCCAGACUAGUGCACAGCGUAAUAGCCAGCAAUAGCUUUUCGCGCAUGAUCUCUUCGUUUGAAUACACUGGUAACUCGAUAUUGAAAAAGCAUGUGUCUGCCUUGGGCAGCAUCGCGUCUUGAUCCACUCCGCAAUCUUGAGAAGGCGCCUUGAUGAGCAAACGUGUGUGCGUACGAUCAAACUCGGCAUCGUCAGCGGGCAGCGUGUCUUGACCCCAGGCAAAGUUGAUAAACCGUCGCUUGUUCUCCUCGCUGAAACUCGAUAGCACUUUCCAAAACAUCUCCAAGUGCGGGAAUUGCUCGGGGCUCAUGCCCGAAGAGUAGCGAGUGUGGCGCUUUAGCAGAUUGAUAUCAAUUUCUAGACUGCCGCUCACCCAUUGCUGUAGCUCAGACCACACGCAUAAUUGCAGCAACUGGACUGGCACGAUCUUACCGAGACCACGUAGCAUCGCGUCCACUUGAGGCUUGCACUCCUGCAGUCGAGUAGCUUUGACCAGUCGAAUAUACUCCUUCGCGUUUGCCUUGG